AUGAGCUCCGGCACAGACUUUCCGUGUCAAAAGGGCGCACUUCUCGGCUCGCUCUUGUCGAUACUCGGCAUUCACCUGCUAUCGCUGCCUCUAUUUGCUCGAUUCCUCAACAGUCGGCGCAAUACCCGUCGAAAAAUUAACGUCGACUUGGUGACGAACAACCACAACAUUUGGAUAACAACCAUCGGGAAAGAGGGGACGAAGUCAUAUGCCACCUACACGGCCGACCUUGGCGGAGCCAAGGCUGUAUGUUCGGAAAACCAUUCUGUAGAGAUCGUCGAGAACUGGCCGAAUCCACCAGACGGCAAACGCCACCACUUGGGCACCAUUGAUGCAGACCAGAGGGACAUGGACUGUUUGAGAGACGCGAUUCUCCAAAGCAGCCCCGUCAUCAGCCCCUUCCCCUUCGACGCCGUCGUCCUCGUUUGGAACAUUCUUUACCGGCAAGGGUAUCUGGGUGAGGAAAAAUUCAGAGCGGGAGAAGCAACGUUGACAGACUGCGUUGACGAAAUGCUUGUCCGGAGUGGGUGCACAGAACUGCCCUUCAAAGCCUACCGGGAGUAA